UUGCCCUUGUCGACAUUAAAGAAGCUAAAAUUGUUAAAUAGUACAAUCUGGAAUGUCAGAAAAAGCUUGAAUCGGCAGUAUAUUAAGCUCUGGUCUCCCAGGGCGUUUCUCAAACAACGAGCCCAAUACUACAUGAUCUGAGCCUCGUCCAAUUAUCGAAAUUCGAUCGUCGCUCCUUUUCAUUCUUUCAUUCACUUUUUCAGCCGCCUUGGUCUCUCUGACGCAACAAUGCAGUGGUUUAAAUCGCUGCUCUGGCUAUGUGCUGCUUCCUCGGUAGUCGCUCAGUCUACUGAGGGCAUCUUCAGUCUUGUACAACGUCGACUGCCGAAGCAUGCCGACAGCUUCCAGUUUACUUUGGUGAAUGCCACUCAAGCUACCAACACCUCCGACGAGUACGUCGUGAGCACCACUGCCAAUGGCAAGGUUCUUGUACAGGGAAGCUCGUUGAGUGCAUUGUCCUCGGGUCUCCACCGCUAUCUUACAGAUGUCGCCAAAGUUGACAUCUAUUGGUAUAUUGGUAGUCAGCUGGACCUUGCACCUGCCCAACUACCACGGCUUGCGCGCCCCAUCACCGGUUCCAGCACGGUGCCGUGGCGGUACCACUUUAACACUGUGACCUUCUCCUAUACCAGUGCUUUCUGGUCCUGGGAAGACUGGGAGUUACAGCUAGACUGGCUCGCCCUCCGCGGCGUGAACCUUGCCCUCGCCUGGGUGGGUGCGGAGAAGAUCAUGGUCGAAGUGUUCCGUGAGAUUGGCCUCACAGACGCUGAGAUCGCAACUUUCUUGAGUGGCCCGGCCUUUCAGGCCUGGAACAGAUUCGGCAACAUGCAGGGGUCCUGGGGCGGAGACUUGCCAAUGCAAUGGAUUGACGACCAGUUUGUCAUGCAGAAGCAGAUCGUGCAACGCAUGGUGGAGCUGGGUAUAACCCCGGUGCUUCCCGCCUUCACCGGCUUCGUCCCUGACAAUAUUACCCGCGUUAUGCCUAAUGCCAGCGUGGUUCGAGGCUCUGAAUGGGCUGGGUUUGCUGAACAGUACACGAACGACUCAUUUCUUGAACCAUUCGACAACCACUAUACGCAGCUUCAGAGCAGCUUUAUCCACAAGCAAAAAGCUGCGUAUGGAAACGUGACCCACAUCUAUACUUUGGAUCAAUAUAACGAGAACAACCCUUACUCAGGCAACCUUACUUACCUGAGUAGCAUCACACGGAAUACCUGGCUUAGUAUGAAGGAAGCCGAUCCCCAGGCGACCUGGAUGAUGCAGGGCUGGCUCUUCUACUCUAGCUCCGGGUUCUGGACUAACGAGCGCGUCGAGGCCUAUCUUUCCGGUGUUGAGAACAACGAGGAUAUGCUGAUUAUUGACCUUUACUCGGAGUCAACCCCGGAAUGGCAACGCACAAAUUCGUACUAUGGCAAGCCGUGGAUUUGGUGCCAGCUACACAACUUUGGAGGCAAUAUGGGCUUGUAUGGGCAGAUUAUGAAUAUCACCCAGGACGCGACCAACGCGCGUCUCCAGUCCAAGUCGAUGGUCGGUUACGGUCUGAGUAUGGAAGGCCAGGAGGGCAACGAGGUUGUCUACGACCUGAUGCUAGACCAGGCCUGGUCAUCUACCCCGAUCGACACAGAUGUGUACUUCCAUGAUUGGGUGACUAGCCGCUACACACCCGCAAAGUCGAUCCCCAGCGAGCUCUACGAAGCAUGGGACAUCAUGCGCACAACAGUGUAUAACAACACCAACCUGACAUCUGCGAUUGCCGUGACUAAGUCCAUCUUCGAGCUCCAACCCAACAUCAAGGGUCUCCUUGGUAGAACAGGCCACCACCCCACAACUCUGAACUACAACCCAUCCACUCUGGUUAAAGCAUGGCAACUGAUGUAUCAAGCUGCCAAUGCCGAAAAUUCCCUCUGGGGAAACCCAUCAUUCGAAUACGAUAUGGUCGACGUAACGCGCCAAGUCCUAGCUAACGCUUUCAUCCCCCUGUACUCGAACCUCGUUUCAAUCUACAACAGCGGUAACUCAUCUUCAGACGCCAUUACAGAUGAAGGCACCAAGCUCAUCAAUCUCCUGAACGACUUGGACAAAGUCCUCUUCACCAACGUUCACUUCUGCCUCUCAACCUGGAUUGACGCUGCUCGGUCCUGGUCCGGAGGUAAUGCAAGCUACUCCUCUUAUCUUGAGUACAAUGCCCGCAACCAAAUCACACUCUGGGGCCCACGGGGUGAAAUCAGCGACUAUGCCUCUAAGUCGUGGGCAGGUUUAGUCUCCACUUACUACGUUCCCCGCUGGGAGAUGUUCGUUGAGUACUUGAAGUCGACACCGCCUGCUUCGUACAAUCAAACCGAAUUCAAUGCCCAAUUGUUGGAUUUCGGUAUCAAGUGGAACGAACACACAUCGGAUACGACUAAGUCUUCGGGUGGUGCGAGGGACCUGAGGAAGGUUUUGGCCCACGUGCGGGAUCAGUGGCCUACUGUCUUUGGAGCUUGAUUAUGAGUUGUUUUUGUGGCAUCUAAACUUUUUUCGUAUCCUGGAAUAUGGCAUGGAUUACUCCCUGACAGUCGCCGCAAACAAUUGAAGGGGUGCUCAUGGUUCAAUUACUCGGUAUGUUCUCGGAUUUACUUUUCGAUUAGCUUGAGAACCGCAGACCCUUUCCCGAAGAGUUCAGUUGCAUUAAAUCAUAAAUAUCACAUUGAUUUGGAAGUUCACCUAGCGAAAUGUAUUAGUUAAAUCUUU